UAAAUAAAUCAUUGACAUAGAUAUUGAAUAAUAAAGCAAAUCAGUACUAAUGUAGAACUGAAAUGAAUACUAAACUAUCAAACACAUCUCAAAGUGCGAUGUUACUAGAAGAAGGUUUAGACAUUGAUGCCGCAAGCAAUGGCACAAACCCGACCCCUAUUAUUUUAGAGGACACUGAAAUUUUAGUAAAUGAUUUUUUAUCGUAUGGAAGAUUACAAGAAAUAACAGGACAUGGUGAUCUUGAAAAUGUUACUAUGGUUGAAAUGAUUGUAAAUACUACAGAAACUACUAUGGGAGCGUUUGGAUCAUAUCUACCAAAAUUGAAACAUUUAAAAUUGAGUAACAGUGUUAUUCCUUCAGUACGAGACAUUGGGACUUCGCUCUCACAUUUGAGUGUUUUAUGGAUGUCUUGCUGCGGCCUUCGCGACGUUGAUGGCAUCGCGUCUAUGAUAUCAUUAACGGAGCUAUAUCUUGCUUAUAAUGAUAUUGAAGACAUCAGUCCGCUCAGUUUUUUAGAUAAUAUUGAGGUUCUUGAUAUGGAAGGGAAUCAGAUUACCGAUAAAGAACAGUUUGAUUAUCUCGCUAUGCUUAUGAAGCUAAGAACAUUGAGCGUCUCGGGUAAUCCAGUUUGCCAAAUAUUAAACAAAGAAGCUUUAAGAAUUCUAGAAGAUAAUUCAUUCCAAAGCAGUAUCGAUACCAUGUCAUAUCGAGAAGUAAUAAUCAAAAAACUUCCUCAAUUACAAUAUCUUGACGAUGAAAAGUGCGAAACUUAUGCGGGUACGCAUUCUCCUUCUUCAUCUGAGCGACCUUCAACUGCAUCUCUCGCCGCUUCGUCCCAUUCCCAAGAAGAUAUUGAUCUUAUAAAUACAGCAAUAAAAGAAGGCCUUAUUUCUGAGGAAGAAACUAGUAUAUUUGCUCCCGUGGAAAAUAAUUUUUCCCGGCCCGGACUGGAUGGAAACAAUACAAGGCCGGGUUCGGCAAGAUUGAGACGACCUGGUUCAGCUUUGAAUAGACCUAUGACUGCAAGUCCUUUGGGUCGAUCUUUACAUAGUCCAUCAACACGGCCACAAACUGCUUUUUCUGGGGGACGAAGUGAAAGCGCAGGGGCAUUGCGGGCCGAAGCAAUACUACAAAAAGCAUCAAAUGCUCAACGACCGACAUCUUCAGGCUCUGGGGAUGUAAAUCUCCAAGAUGAGUCAAGUACUUUGACAUUUGGGGACGUCAUGUGUGGAAACCCAAUCAAAGCAUUAAGAGCAAGAAAAACAAGCCCUAUGCCGGUUUUAUCAAUUCUACAAAAUGAUAAUAGUACACGCCCACUUCCGACACGCCCAGCAACCGCUGCAACAUUUCGCUCACGGCCAUCCGUAGAUCAAUUUCCUGAUGAACAAAUGGGUGACAUUUUCUCAGAACUUAGAGAAUGGCGAGCAAAACAUGAAGAGAGAAUGACAGCGAUAAAAUCUGAUGUUCAGGUUUUAAAAUUGGACAAUGCAACCUCUAGUGACGAUAUUUCAAUUGAUUCCGAUGGAACAGAAUCAGAUACAGACGAGAUUUUGGAUUUAGAUUCCAUCCCCGGACUAAAUGAUGACAAUAACAACUCAGAAACAAAGUUCAAACCAGAAAACUCAUUUCCAAACACAAGUUUUAGUACUUUCGGACAAAACCAAAGACAACUACGCUCCCCACCACCAAAAAAUCUCAGUCCGUCCAGUAUGGGAUCUACUCUUUCUCCAAAAAGUUCUCCCCGCAGUCCAAGGAGUCCUCUAUUUUCCUCUGCUCAGUUUGAUUCAGCUUCCGUACCUGUUCUGAGAGGAUCUCCUAAACCAAGAAGUCCAGUAUCACCAAACCAAUUCAACCCACGCCACGUACCAGCACCGCCCAAAGUUGGAGCACCAAGGCCGAGAACAGCUGCUGAUUUUAGACUACGAAGAUCGUUAGGCGCAAGUCACGACCCUUUUGUACCGUUAACUUCACCUAUGACUCUUCCACAAGCAUUAUCUCCAAAUAAAAAUCAAAAACGCGGAAAAGUAAAUCAAUGAGCCAUUAUAGUAAGGAAAGGUUAACUUUGGCUCUUGGCAAGGCUGUGGAAACAGAUAAAAGAUCAAGUAACCCAUUAAUAGUUUUGAGCUGGGUGGAUAAAAAUAUUGAGUGUAGAUCACUCAAGACUUGGACUACAAAAAGCCUUACUCUAUAUCAGUUGGAAAUGAUAAACUAAUUUCUAAGCAAAGUGAAAUUUUUAACUCUAGUGCGUUUAAAGUUUGAAUACGAAAACUUGAAUUCAAUUUCAAGGUCAGAUUCAACUGUACACUCCUGAUUUGUAAAGCACUCCACAUAAUAUGUGGCUUCUGCUUGGCUAAUGGACCGCUUAUUAUCGAGUACCUCACUUUACUUCAACACAGACUAUGGUUGUUUUAUUCAACUGUUAAAAAAAUGAUUAAUAUUAUGGACUUUCAAAAUAUUUUUCUCAAAGAAUUUCAGUUAUAUGGAGUUAGCUUUAAAUAGCUAUUUGCUUUAUAGGCUGGCAUUGACCUUGCUUACAAUUUCAUAUUGCAUCACUAUAUUUCUGUAGGUUUCUAAGAUUUGGUGAAACUCAUUGGUUGGUUAUGACUUCGCUCAAAUGCAAGUUCAUGCCUUGCUAAUAUAAUUUUUUAAUUUAAUUUGUUUAUCACACCAGGCCGUUAAGGGCCAUAUCAUAAAUAAACACAAACAAAUAUGGGAAUUCAUAAGGGUUUAUGUAGCAAUUGUUAAGUCAUUGGUUGUUUGUGAUUUUGCUCGUAGUCGAGUUUACCCUACUUUAAGCAAAUUCUUAUAAAAAUAUAUAUAUACGAGUAUGGCAAAAUAAUAUAUACAUAUGUCAAAUAUCAGGGUAUUUGUUGCUGGUGACAUUGCUUAAAGGUGAAUUCCGUUUAUUUUGAGUCUCUGCCUGUGACCUUGCUAUGAACAAAUAUGAUAAAAAAUACAUAUGGAAUGCA